AGCUCAGAUUAAACCCGAGUGUUGUGCCCUUUCUGAUACAGUUGCUACUCUAAUGGCAGCUGAUAAAUCUCAAAGAAAACGAUCAGCGGCCGUCAUCUUUGGGGUCACUGGGCUUGUGGGCAAAGAACUUGCCAAGAGGUUGAUCUCCAAAUCCAAAUGGAGAGUCUAUGGCGUGGCUCGCCGGCCAGAGAUCAUGCCCAUACAGAGUUGCAAUUACCGCUUCAUCUCUUGCGAUCUCCUGAAUCCCUUCGAAACCCAACAAAAGCUGUCAAAUUUGAGGGAUGUGACUCAUGUGUUUUGGGUCACUUGGGCUAGUCAGUUCCCACUGGACAGCUCAGAAUGCUGUGACCAGAACAAGGCCAUGAUGCGCAAUGCCUUGGAUGCAAUCCUCCCAAAUUCUCCCUCACUAAGGCACUUCUCGCUUCAGACGGGGAUGAAGCAUUAUGUGUCCCUGGAAAACCCGCUCGAUGGCCAUCGAGUUUGCCACUACAAUGAGGAUUGCCCAAGAGCAAGUGCAAGGUACAAUUUCUAUUACCAUUUAGAAGAUUUGCUCAAGGAGAAGUUAGCUGGCAAGGUGGGUUGGUCCGUGCACCGGCCAGGUCUAUUGAUAGGCAGUUCGAGAAGGACCAUGUAUAAUUUCAUGGGAUGUUUGGCCGUGUAUGGCUCAAUUUGUAAGCACCUUGAGCUACCCUUUGUUUUUGGAGCAAGAGAGUGUUGGGAAGAGGUGUGCAUUGAUGGGUCCGAUGCUGGUCUGGUAGCUGAACAGCACAUAUGGGCAGCUACAAGUGAAAGCAUUUCUUUCACCAAUGGUCAGGCGUUUAAUUCCAUUAACGGGCCAAGCUUCACAUGGAAAGAGAUCUGGCCUGCUCUCGCCAAGAAGUUCGGACUUCAAGUUCCUGAAGAGAUGUUCUUGCAGGAUCAUUGGUACUCCAAAGUCAUGGCCGAUAAGAAAGAGGUAUGGAGGGCCAUCGUGGAGAAAGAAGGGCUGAUACAAACGAACAUGGCAGAUUUGGCAAAUUGGGAUUUCUUGGAUAUCCUGUUCCGAUGCCCGGUUAAACUGCUUGGGACACGGGACAAAGUCGAUCGGCUUGGAUUCACGAUGCAGUGUAAAACAUUGGAUUCAAUCUUGAAUUGUCUUGAUUGCAUGAGGCAUGAAAAGCUGAUCCCUUAGGCUUGCUUUGGUCCUUGGCAAGUAGGGGAGAAUGAGGCGCACCACUAACCCUGCUUCCAAAGAAAUCUAUAAACAAGUUCAAAAACCACCCUGACAACUUGCCGUUGACCCGUCAAAGGUGUUCCUUGAGAAAGUUGGUGUCGUUUAUUUAGCCUGGCUAAGACAUGCUUAUCCUGAUAUAAUGUUUAGAAGGGUACCUAGUGGCUAAGGUAUCGUACGAUUGUAGUUUGCAUCCAACAUCCUCUUUUGAUGGUUUUUUUCACUCCACACGGGUGAAACAGCCAUAUGUUUUAUAUAUGGAAUCUUCUAUGUUCAUACUA